AUGAGAUUUCAGGAAAAAAAUGACUUGUUAUCAUAUCUAAUCAUGCUGCAAAAAUUACCUAAAUGGGUAGAAAUAUUUAACAAGUUUGACAAAAAUAGAGAUGGGAAAAUUUCUUUUAAAGAAUUGAAAAAAAGAAUAAAAGAAUACAAUAGUGAAAUUCCAGCCAGUACGAUUAGAUCAAUUCUUAAAAAAGCAGACACAGAUGAAGAUGGAGUCCUUGAUCUCAAUGAAUUUUUAGCAUUAGUUAAAAGUAGCAGAGAAGCUAGAGGAUUGUUUUCAAAUUCUUUAGAUAAAUGGGUUCAGACAGUUUGUGUUGUGCCUAAAAAAGGAAUUUGUGCCGAGUACACGGGUGAUGUAACAGAUGCAGAAAUUGAAUAUGAAGAACAUUAUUCUUGUUGUCCUCCGCCAUUAUUUAUGAUUAUAAUUACAGUAUUAGAGUUGUUUGCUUACAUUUAUGAUUCAAUCGAUCAAAAACCUGGCCAGCCAUCUACCACUACCAUAUUAGCAUCUUUAUUUAUUUACAAUCCACAUCGAAGGGCAGAAGCAUGGAGAUAUUUAACAUACAUGUUUGUUCACAUUGGUAUUUUCCAUUUAUUAGUAAAUCUUCUAGUUCAGAUUAUGCUUGGAAUCCCUUUGGAAAUGGUUCAUCACUGGUGGAGAGUUUUAUUUGUUUAUUUAGCAGGAGUUGUAGCAGGUUCAUUGGCAACAUCUGUCAGUGAUCCAUCCAUAUAUUUGGCUGGGGCAAGUGGUGGUGUUUAUGCAAUUAUGGCUGCACAUGUUGCUUCAAUUAUAAUGAAUUGGACGGAAAAACGAUUUGCUUGGGUUCAGUUAUUAAUUUUUAUAAUAUUAGCAAUAACCGACGUUGGAACGGCAAUUUAUAAUCGUUAUAUAUUAGAUGUGAACGACCAGGUUGGUUACGUGGCACAUUUGGCAGGAGCGGUUGCAGGACUUCUCGUCGGUAUUAACGUUUUAAGAAAUUUCAGGGUUCGAACGUGGGAAAAAACACUUCGAUGGUUUUCUUUUUUUUUCUAUUCCGUUCUCAUGUUAAUUGCAAUUAUUUGGAAUGCAGCUUUUCCAAGUUAUUUUCCAAAACAGCGAGUAUAG